CGUUCACUUCCCCCGCGCUCACUCGCUCUCAGUCCGCCCGCCUGCCCGUCACACUCCAUCCGAAACAAAGCUGGAACGCGACGCCGCACCGAGCGCCAUUUCUCGGGCUUUUUAACCAGGAUAGAGCGGGAUUAAUUUCUUCGGGUCGAGUCUCUUGUUUUUUUUGUAUUGUUUUUUUUUUUUUGGUAGCGCAGUGGAUAAGCAGUGUGCCCGGCGGUGAUGGACAUCAUGAUCGCAAUGCAGGAUGCGUGUGUCUCCGGUCAGUGGCUCACCGCUAUCAUCCUCAGCCUUUGCUGCUUUCUGCCUUCGUGCUUGCCCGCUGAACAAACUGUGGAGUACGCUUCGAGUGAAAGUGUGGUCAGCAGGCAAGGGGACCCGGCUCUGCUGAGGUGCUACCUGUUGGAUGGGAUCUCUAAAGGAGCCUGGCUGAACCGCUCCAGUAUAAUAUUUGCCGGAAAUGAUAAGUGGUCGGUGGAUCCUCGUGUAUCCAUCAAAUCGAACAUGGGCGAAAAACACGAGUACAGUUUACAGAUACUGAAAGUGGAUGUAACGGAUGAAGGUCAAUAUACCUGCUCUAUACAGAGCGAACGCAACCCACGGCCAAAACUCAUCCAUUUAAUUGUAAACGUGCCACCCAAAAUCUACGACAUUUCAUCAGACAUCACGGUAAACGAAGGCAGCGAUAUCUCACUCUUCUGUUCAGCCAGCGGCAAACCAGAGCCUAAAAUCACCUGGAGACACAUCAGCCCCACAGCCAAGAAGUUUGAAGACGGAGAAAACCUGAACAUAACCGCUAUAACCCGAGAUGCAGCAGGGAACUAUGAAUGCGGCGCCGAUAAUGACAUCGCCUCCCCUGACACCCGGACUGUGAAAGUCACUGUCAACUUUCCACCACUGAUCCACGAGAUGAAGACUCAUGGGGUUCGGCCUGGUAACACAGCACUGCUAAGGUGUGAAGCUGCUGCUGUCCCCACUCCAUCUUUCGAGUGGUAUAAGGGAGAGAAAAGGCUUAGCAAAGGACAAGCGGGCAUCGACAUCAAGAACCUGAGCUCCAGGUCAAUCCUCACAGUGAGUAACAUGACCGAGGAUCGCUAUGGUAACUACACCUGCAUGGCGACCAACAUGCUGGGAACGGCUAAUGCCAGUGUGCCUCUAAUUCUCACAGAGUGCAGUAAAACAUGAUCAGCUACACCACAGAGCAGAUUAUUGUUCAUUCUGACUCCACAUCUCUGCAGCUUUCUUCAAACCCACACAGGACAGAAUAUAAAGCAAUACAGAAAACUACAGCAGUCAACAUUAAAUUAGUUUGGCAACACAAAGAAUGAGACGAAUAUCUAGCAGAGGGUCUUUUGUCUGAAUAUGGGUGCAAAAAAUAAUUGAAAUGCUUUUAAGCUCUUGUAUAAAAUAUUUCUCUGUAUUUCUCUGUACU